UGUAGCUUUCAUUACAUUUGCUCCGUGCAUUUUAAGGGGUGUCUCAAGAAUGCAGCAAAGGUAACUCCCUGUGGUUUAUAGCAAGCUUGUUUCACAUCUGUAUGGAAUGUCACUGUCACUCGCUGUAGUGAAUAGCGAGCUCGAGAUCUGCCGCUGCCCUGAAGCACGCCGUGCUGCGAAAACUUGUAUCUGUGCUAAUGUCUAACUGAUUUCGACAUUUUAUUUUCUUUCCUCGUUCUAAAUACUGAAGAAGUGUUUGCUGUGGUCCAAUAUUCAUUUGUUUGUUAUGGAGAUAUUACAUACACAAUACCACUGUCCACUGACUAGAUGUUCCUGUUCUGCCAUUUACUAUUUUUAGUCAAGCAUGUUUAGUACUGUCAAGGUUAGCAAUGUGUCCCUGAAAGCAGUACAGCGUGAUAUAAAGGAAUUCUUUUCUUUUUCUGGUGACAUUGUGCAUGUUGAAAUGCAGAGUGGCGAUGAGCUGUCUCAAGUUGCCUACAUUACUUUUAAAGACAAUCAAGGAGCUGAGACGACAAUACUUGUUACGGGGGCCACGAUAGUUGACAUGGCUGUCAUUGUCACGCCUGCCACUGAUUAUGAGCUAGCAGCUUAUGUUUUAGCUGAUCUAGAGCCCAAAGACACAAAACCUUCUGCCCUCCAAAAGGCCGAGGACAUUGUUGGGACCAUGCUGGCGAAAGGAUUUAUCCUUGGUAGGGAUGCACUGGACAAAGCAAAAGCUCUAGAUGAGAAGCAUCAGCUUACAUCAACUGCUACUGCUAGAGCAUCUUCCUUCGACAAGAGAUUUGGUCUAAGUGAGAAGAUCAGUGUUGGUACUUCAGCUGUCAAUGAUAAAGUGAAGGAAAUGGAUCAGAAGUACCAAGUCUCUGAGAAGACAAAGUCAGCACUGGCAGCUGCUGAACAGAGCGUCUCGACUGUUGGAUCCGCCAUCAUGAAGAACAGAUAUGUCCUCACCGGGGCAGCAUGGGUAACUGGUGCCUUCAGCAAGGUGACCAGUGCAGCCAACGAUGUUGGUGCAAAGGCUAAGGAGAAAAUAGCAGCUGAGCAGGAGCACAAGAAUGUUGAGGGUGGGUCUGCAGCACAACCAGACAUCCCAGAAGGCCCAACAACACAUAGGGAAGUGGAUGGUGAAUUUGCAAAGAUACAUGUGUCUGAAACCCCUGAAGAUAUCCCCAUCUCCACUGUGGCGACUGUCCCUGCUGUUAUCAAUGAGGAGCCCAGCAAGGUGUCUCCACCCGCCGAUGCUCCUAAAAAGCCGGAACCUGCUCACGGAUUGAUACUAUGAUAUGAUUCAGGGCCCCAUACAUGUGUGUAAAUAGACAUGAUAGGGUUAUUGAACUCAUUUCUAGUGUUGUGGUUGAAACCUCUUUGAAGGUUGAAAGUUAUUGGGACCUAAAAGAGUUCGCAAUUUGUUACUCGACACUUUUAUCAAUAUAUCAUUAUCAUCCUGCAGUGGGAACAUGAAACAUA